AUGAGCGUGCGGUGCAGCGUAUGUGCGGGUGGUGCAGCGUACGAGUGUGUGCUGCGGCUCAUUCGAGUAACGCGCUUCCUUCUGCGCUACACGGCCCUCGAGCUCUCCUUCACCUCCCCCGCCGCCCGCCCACCCGCACUCUUCACGUUCGCCUCGCCGCGCCUGGCAGCCGACUUCGCGGCCAAGCUGGCGGCCGUGGCCAACGCCACAGCGCGGUCCACGCGUGCACGCGAGGAGCACGUGAUGGUGGUGGACCGGCCCCGCGCCCUGGAGCGCGCGGAGAAGGCGGCAGCGGCGUGGCGGCGGCGCGAGCUGAGCAACUUUGAGUACCUGAUGGUGCUGAACACGCUGGCGGGGCGCACGUACAACGACCUCGCGCAGUACCCCGUGUUCCCGUGGGUGAUCGCGGACUAUGAGAGCGAGCACCUGGACCUGGGGAGCGAGAGCACCUUCCGUGACCUCGGCAAGCCCGUGGGGGCGCUCAAUGCCAAGCGCCUUGAGUUCAGCUCGGCCCGGCUUGGAUGUGGUAUACGCACGUACAACGACCUGGCGCAGUACCCCGUGUUCCCGUGGGUCAUCGCGGAUUAUGAGAGCCAGCACCUGGACCUGCACAGCGAGAGCACGUUCCGUGACCUCGGCAAGCCCGUGGGGGCGCUCAAUGCCAAGCGCCUUGAGAUGUUCCGUGACAGAGCAGAGAGUUUCCGGGACCCCGAUAUUCCAAGUUUCCUGUACGGCUCGCACUACUCCACAGCGGGCAUCGUGCUCUUCUACCUGCUGCGCCUUGAGCCCUUCGCCACUCUCAGCUGCCGCCUGCAGCUCAGCACCACUACCUCUCUCACACUGCUCCCCCAUCCGCCCCGCCCUCUCCCCCUGCCCCUCACCCAUUCACAGGGCGGCAAGUUUGACCAUGCAGAUCGGCUGUUCCAGUCAGUAGCAGUGACGUGGGCCAACUGUCUCACCAACACGAGCGACGUCAAGGAGCUCACCCCCGAGUUCUUCUACCUGCCUGACUUCCUCUCCAACGCCAACCACCUGUACCUGGGCCAGUGCCAGGACGGCUCCAUGCUCAACGAUGUGGUGCUGCCGCCCUGGGCGCAGGUGGGUCACAUGGGGUGA